AUGAAGGAGGAGGGGGGCGAGGUCAAGGAGGAAGCCAAGGAAGAUGCGGACGUGCAGAUGAAGGAGGAGCCCAAGGAGGAGCCCGAGGCGACCCCUGUGGCCGAGCUGGACGAGGAGGAGUCGAGACUUUGGUUCCUGCCCCGCUCUACCACCGACAUGGUGUCGGUGACCUUCAACAGCACCUUCGCCGACUUCACCCUCCCGGACGAGACGGAGAACUUCUCGGAGAUCCGAUACGAAUGGGCCGGCGAAGUUGCGAGCAAGGACUACAUGAAGUCGUGGAUGCAGGCGAAGAAGAUCACCACUCGUGUGGAAGAUCUCUUCCCGGACGACACCUUCACGAACCGUGUACUGGAAUGGCAGCGUGUGCAAGGCGACUGGCAGUACAGACAGAAGGAGUUCAAGACCGACCCGGUCCGGCAGCAGGCUGCAAAUACGCGCAUGGAGAAGGAGAAGAAAUUCCAGGAAAAGCUGAACAAGCCAAAGAUCGAGGAGAAGGAAGGUGGUGAGGGCGAGGCUGAGGCAGCUCCUCCCGAGGGCGAGGAUGCGGCCGAGCUGGAGGGAUUCGUCCCAGUCGACAUCCAUACAGUGGAGGAUGUGCUGGACAUCGGGGAAGGUGAGCCGUUGUUUGCCCAUUUCGCUUUCGAGGAUUGGGCUCUGAUGAACCUUCGCUUUGAGAUGGCGAUGCUCAUGAGCGCCUUCGCGCAGGCUGUGGUGGAUCCGGACAGGCCGGGAGUCCAUGAGGCUCAUCUCACCUACUACUACAACCGAUACUUCAGAAAGCCGCUCAACGUGAAGUACUUCGGUGCCAACAACAGCGUCGAGCUUUGUGAGCUGAUCAAGGAUGUGGUGACGGUAUUGGACAAUGGCAUCCUCCGACCGACCCUCACCGAAGAACAGCUCAUCAACCAGGACAUCUUCGCCCGACUCACCGAAGAGGAUCGACGAGAAAGGCAACGAUUAAUCGAUGCCGGCGACGAAAGUAUUCGGCUAAAGCUGUCCGUGUUGGCGCAGCAGCAGAUGAAUCAGCCGUCUCCUUGGGCGGCCAAGGCGGCACCAAAGGCCUGGGCUACGCAAGCGGCUUGGCCUGGUGUGGGUCCUGCGCCGGUUGCGGCGCGCCCCGGCUUCGUGCGCGGACCCGGGGCUGCGGGAGGGAAAGGCGCUGGCUGGGACUGGGCGCCCACGAACUUCGGCGGGCCUCCCGCCUGGGGCGGCGGCAAAGGUGGCUACCCGCCCAUGGGCCCGAUGGGCGGCAUGGGUGGCAUGGGCUGGUGA